CAUGAUCCUUUUUAACAGCCAGCCUCCUUUGCUUUGAUGAGCAUCGACAGAAUUCACGCAUAGGACAUAAGUCCUCAGUGCAAAAUGGAGACCAGUGCUUUUGAACAGAUGAAUGCCCGAGUAUCCAAACCCGUUUUUCUCGGCGUGCUCUGGGCCUUUACGUGGACCUCGUUCCUCUUCGUCCUCUUUCGUGUUGUGGUCCGAUUUGGAUCUUUCCGUCGCCUUUAUGUGGAUGACUAUCUUGUGGUCCUGGCGUGGGCAAUUAUGUUGACCACUGCGAUUAUCUGGCAGAUAGAAGGGCAGGUGCUGUAUGCGUUUUACGCCAUAAGCGCCGGGACUCAGUCCUACACCCCCGAGAUCCUCCCCAAGUUUGGUCGCUUCAUGCAGUUCAUUGCGCCGCUCACCAUCCUGUUUUACUCGGGGCUGUGGUGCGUGAAGUUCUCAUUUUUGGCCUUUUUCUUGCGGCUUGGCUCCAAGAUCCGAAGCCACCGGAUCUGGUGGUUUGUGGUUCUGUUUGCGACGGUGGCUGUGUGGAUUGCCUCAGUCGCCGAUAUCGACUACAAAUGCAGUUUGGGGGGAUUAGAGUAUAUCAUGACCCAGUGCGGCAAUCUCAAUCACGUCCAUUAUGAGAACCGCACCUUCUGGGCCAACUGCGCCGGGGAUGUGAUCACCGAUUUGUUGAUCCUUUCGAUUCCCGUCUUGAUUCUCUGGAAGACGCGGAUCUCCUUCCACAAGAAGCUCGUCUUGCUGAGUCUGUUUUCCGUGACGGUCGUGGUCAUGGCGGUAUCCAUCAUCCGCGUCGUUAUCAACAACUCGCUGGAUAAGUCCGUCGAUUUGGCAUGGUUAUACUUCUGGAGCUUUAUUGAAUUGGGAACUGCCAUCAUCAUUUCCUGUAUCGCCUCAUUCCGCCAACUGUUCGUCACGUCCCAGAACCAGCAUCUGUAUGGCAAGGCUGCCUACACGCCUUAUAACCCGCUUCUGAACAGUGUACGGAACCGCUAUGCGCGCACGCAGUCGGGACCAGGCACCGAGGGCGACGAGGAGUCGCACAAGAACGCGGGCGCCGCUAAGCUCGUACCACUAGACCUGGUCCAUGUGCGCAAUGAUUUUGAUCUGGCGAGUGAGCCAGCCAGUCGGAACCCCUCGCGCACCGGGGAGUCCAGGGACUGGCACUGAAAGCUGGCUCAAGGAAAAGCCGGCAUGAAAUUUAGCUUCAAUGUGCACUGUCUCCCGUGUCAGUGGUUGUCGGUGUCUGUAUGUGACACUGCAGGAGCCACUUUUUAUUUAUCUGUUUAUACCGUCAGCGUCUCUUUGAUGUAAAAUCCAUUCACCAGGCUUGAAACUCUCCAAG